AUAAAUUGAAGGAGACAAAACUGAUCAGAGAGAGGAAGAGAGUGGAAAAAGAGGUAGAAAGAAUAAAAAUAAAUUCAGUGAGAACUGCAAAAUCAAUGCCAGAAAAGGGGGGAAUAAAAUUAAUAUCCGACAGAGGAAUAAAACUCAUCAGAGAUAGCUGGAUGGAGAGAGGGAGAGAUUAGAGAAAAAUAAAAAUUCAAAAUUAGAGAGGAAAUAAAGAUAAAAUUAAAGAUAAUGGGGGAGGAGGAAUAAAAUCAACAUCAGAGAGAGACGAGGGAGGUACAAAGAGAGACAAUUAGAGACGGUCCGAUAGGAAAAGAGACUGUUAAAGAGACACUCCAACAGGAGGAGGAGAGACUGUUAAAGAGAAAGUCUAACAGGAGGAGAGAAUCUGUGAAAGAGAUAUUCUGACAGGAGGAAAGACUGUUAAAGAGAGAGCCUGGCAGCAGAAAGACAGACUCUGUUAACGAGGCACUCUGACAGGAGGAGAAGGAGAUACUCUACUAAAGACACAAUCCAACAGGAGGAGAAGAGGAGACUUUGCUGAAGAGACAAUCCAACAGAAGGAGGAGGACUAACCCCUUUAAAGAGACAGUCCGACAGGAGGAGAAGGAGAAACUUUUAAAAGGCCAUUCCGACCGGAGGAGGAGGGAAUCUGCUAAAGAGACAGUCCGACAGGAGGAGAAGGAGAGACUCUAAAAGACAGAACUCAAACAGAGGGUCCAGCUGAAGCGGGCAGCAGCUCUGGACAAUCGUCUGUGUGCCAACUCCACCGUAACUCUGUGUGCAUUCCGACCUUUCGAACAUUCUAACUGUUUGAUGCUGGGGACUUAAGUGGGGCAGGCUGACCUUCCCUGCUCAAGGAUCUUUGCUCAGAACUCGAAGCGGAACAAGUCUGCCCUGUCGCCGAGCGCCGUGGCCACAGAAUGGCUGAUCUGAACCGGCAGCUGCAGGAGUACCUGUCGCAGUCACGGGGCAAUCGCAACGGGAAUGGGGCUGACAGCCAGCCCCUCUUACCUCUGGAAGCCGACUCCCCUGAACCCAGUCGCCCCACCAAUGGCUGGAUGAGCCGGAUGAACCCGUUCUCUUCCGGACAGAGCGGCAAGCCGGCGCCGAGCCAGGACUCCAGCCCAUCGUCAGGUGGGUUCUGGUCAACGGAACCGGACCCGUGCCUGCCUGCCCUGUCCCGCCGCCAGCGGCUGACUGGUUUCGGCCUGUGCCUGGCCAUGGGGCUGCUGUGCUUCGGCCUGUCAGCCCUCUACGCUCCCUUCAUGUUGCUGAGGGCCCGGAAGUUCGCCCUGCUCUUCACGCUGGGCAGCGUCUCCCUGCUGACGGGCCUGGCCCUGCUGCGUGGGCCCUACAACCAGCUCCACCUGCUGCUCUCCCGCCAGCACCUGCCGUUCACAGCCGCCUAUCUGGGCUCCCUCUUCGCCACCUUGUACAGCGCCCUGGCGCUGCGGAGCACUGCCCUGACUGCCGUCGCUGCCGCCUUUCAGCUCUUCACCCUCGCCGGCUACCUGCUCAGCUCCAUCCCAGGGGGCCCGGCGGGUCUCCGUUUUGUCGGUGGCUUCUUAACCUCGGCGUUCAAGCGCACAGUCAGCAAGAGCCUCCCGGUGUGAGGGACUGGAAAGCGGAUGUGUGUGGGGGCGGGGGAGCAAACUGGUGGGAAGUAUACCGAUUCCUACCGGCAGGUGUCAACUGUGACCCUAGUGGGCAGCAGUCUCUCUUUCUUCCACUCCUCUCUCUAUCUUUUCCUGCUCUCUUCCUCUGUCUCCCUCUCCCCUCCAAGUCAGAAUUGACUGGUUUGAGUCCUGUUGCAGAGAUUUGAGCACAGUAUCCCGGGUCAGUGCUCCCGGUGUAGCCCUGCACUGUUAAGAGGUGAACCUUCGGUGAACUAUUUUGAUAUUAAACCAGGGAUUCCACUACCUGCGCUCUGCGACAGAUGUAAAAGUUCUUGUGAUGGCUAGUAAUUUGAAGUUGUUGUCAUCCCCUGGCCAAUAAUUGUCCCGCUGUUAUCAUUAUGAAAAGCUAAACCAAUCUGAUCAUUGUCACAUUCCUGUUUGUUGGGACCCCACAAGACAUAAAUUGGCACUGUCACGUCCUUUGUGGUACAACAGUGACUGCACUUCAGAUGUACUUCACUCACCAAGUGCUCCGAGAUAUCGGGUGGUUCUGAAAGCUGGUCUAUAGGCACAAGUCUGUCUUCCUUUAGCUGUGAGAGGGAAAGAUGGUUGCCAGUCAGGAGAGGACUGUGACACCCCUGUUCACGCAGCCUCGUGCUACCACUUAGCAGCAAAACCGAAAAUCUCCACAAGCAGUCGACUGAGUCUUAACCACACAGCAAUGCCCUCCCCUUCUCUGAAAACAGUCCACUUUGGAAUGAAGCUUGGAACCAAAAAUGUAACUGACUGUUUCUUUGCUCCUGGAGCUGUUAGGACUUUGAGUACAGUGUGAACAAGGACUCUUGGUAGGUUUCUGUCUGUUAAUACAUUCCCACCCACCCCACAAACUCCCAUUCAGUGCACCCAAACAAUUCCAAACAGGCACCAAUUACACUGUGAAGGGUGUAAAUGAAAUAUAAACUCUUACCAGUUCAGUCGUAAUAUGUUCUUCCAAAACAGGAUUGACUCUGGAGACUGCAUUAGGUUUUCAGGGUUAAAUACUAGGAGGUACAGGUCUGUCAGUGUAUUACACUGGUGUACAGUGCCAAUGGCUACAGUUCUACUAGUACAGGUCUGUCACUGCAAGAUGGCUACAGUGCUAAUAGUACAGGUCUGUCACUAACACUGUACAGUGCUAAUAGGUACAGGUCUGUCACUAACACUGUACAGUGCUAAUGGGCACAGGUCUAUCCCUAGCACUGUACUGUGCUAAUGGGUAUGGAUCUCAAAGUCCCAUCACCAGGACACUGCUAAUUGAUACAGAUUUUGUCUCUGUAAUGCUGGUUCUGUCACCAAGUUAAAAGGGGAUGAAUGAUAAGCAUUAAACAACUGUUAUAUCACGUGCCUUUGGAGAAUGUGUUGUUUAAUAAUGACCAUUAAAUCGUUGUAACACA